GGGUGCAAGAUGGUCGGCGGCGGGAGCGACGGCACGCUCGACGUGUGCACGCGCGUCUGCAUCGUCGACGAGCAGGAGGCCAUCCUCUACGAGAGCUUCAUGAAGCCCCUCAUCCCUGUGACGCACUACCGGUACGAGACCACGGGGAUCCGGCCCGAGCACCUCCGCGACGCGCCCAUGGUGAAGCAGGCGAUCAGGCGGGUGCAGGACAUCCUCCUCAAUGGCGAGCAGUCCUACCCCUACUCCUCCCGCGGCGCGGCCCGGCUCCUCGUCGGCCACGGACUAGAGCACGACCUCGACACGCUGGACAUGGACUACCCAGCCCACCUCAGGCGGGACACGGCGACGUACCCGCCGCUGAUGAAGACGAGCGCCAGGCUCAUGAGCAACUCGGUCCGGUAUCUCACGCGGAGCUGCCUGGGGUAUGACAUACAGACCGGCGGCCACCAUCACCCCUACGACGACUGCGUGGCCGCCAUGCGGCUGUACAGGAGGAUGCGCGCCAUGAGCCACCUGCACCUGCACGGCCGUCCCAAGGACGACGAGGAUGAGUCCACGGUCAAGGCCUUCCCGGCGUGGAGGCAGCGAGAGCUGGAGCGCAUGUCGCCGGAGGAGCUCCUGGCGAUGUCCAAGCCCGACUACCAAUGUUGGUGCCUCGAAGACGUCCGGCGAUGCUAA